CGGCGUCACCGGCGGGCCGGGCCCGCCCAGCGGUGCCUCCGGGGCGGCCGCCGGGGCUCUGUAGGGCUGGUGGAACCGCUGUCGUCGUUGUGGCUUCGCCCCCCGACCCGCUGAAUGAAAUGGGGUCCCCCGUGCCCGCGGGGCCCUACGGCCGUGACCCAGGCCCCGUGUUCAGCGGGGUCACUCCCGAAAUCAUCGAGGACGCGCUGAUCCACUUGGCCACGGAGAACGAGCAGUACCUGAGCGAGCUGCCGGAGCACGCCGGGAGCUUCAAGGACACGCGGAUCGUGGAAUUUAUAUUCCUUUUGUCCGAAAAAUGGCACUUGGACCAAUCGACGAGGUACCAAGCAGUCGAGUUGCUUGAAAGGUUUAUGAUCAAGCAGGUAGAGCAGAUGUGGGAGUCCUCCAGUGGGAGUGUUAAAGGUGGUGCCCAAGGACAAGGGAGCACCUGGAGCUCUGUGAGGGAUGAGAUAGUCAACACCUUUGUCCUGCGACUGGUGUCGUGCGUUCAGCUCGCGAGCAAACUCUCCCUGCACUAUAGCAGAGUGACCAGUGACACAGCUUUAAAAUUUCUGCAGUCCUUGAAAUACUCCUACACUAAACAGGAGUUGCUGGAGUCAGAGCUUGCUGUUUUAAACACUCUGCACUUCCACAUCAACGUGUCCAAUCCGCUGGCCUACGUGGAAUUGCUUCUGGAGGUUCUAGGACACAAUGGGUGCUUGCUUCCUGCUAAACCCUUGCACCAAAUGUGUGUGCAGCUGCUGGACUUCUGCUACCUGACCAGAGAGACCAUCUACGACACUUUGCUGAAGAUCGCCAUCGAGAACUCCACGCCCAACAAGCUGCAGGUGGCCAAGUUUCUGACAGUGAAGGAAGAUUUCAUGCUCUUGGCUGUUGGAAUCAUCAGCACAGGCGUGUUCAUCCUGAGCCCUGGGCACUGGGAUCAGGUUGUGGAGCAUUUGAACUGUAUCACUGGCAUUACUCCACAGAGCAUCCUGGAGUUCUCGUACGCGGUGCUGAGGCGCAUCCUGGGCAGCAGCACCGUGCCCAGGCAGCACCAGGGGGGCUGUGGAGCCAAAGCUCCCAAGGGCAGGGUUCUGCCCCUGAAAUAGAACCUCCUUGUCUGGAACUGUGCUGUGCUGUCUUCACCUGCUGCUUUUCUAAAAUCCCUGUCUCCAGCUGCCUGUGACUGUUUCCUCUCCACCAGCACUUGGAGCACUUUUGCUCUUGCCCUACCACAGCCAGUAACGACCAGCAUUGUGACGAGGACAGAAUCCUGUGAGUGUCAGGGUUUGUGCUGUGCCAGGCAGUGCUGAAGGAAAGCACUCAAGAGUGAGGAACAGUUUUAGUCUUUCCUCAGUGCAGCCCUGUGCAGGAAGAGGGUGCAGGAGGGAUUACAAACUGUUUGAAGUGGUAUCAGACCUUGUUAAGCUCAGUGGUACAAAGAAGUGCUGAUGUGACUUGUAAAAUACUUUAUUUCACAAUGUAGUUACUCUUUAAUGACCAGGCAGAGUUCUGGGAGUUUUUCCAUGUUAUUCCCUGUGUUUGUAACAUUGGCCAUAAACCCCAAAAGUACCAGUUUAGCAUCCAUUUAAUAGCUGAGUUUAUUCUGUUCAACUCAACGAUACAACUUUGCAUAUUGCUUUUCUAUAAACUACUUGCAAUAAUGGCAUUUUAAAUAAAGUGUCUUGUGGAUUUUUGGUAUUGUAAA